GUUGAACAAGAACGUCUGGACAAGGUUUGGCCCAAACUGCGAGUUCUGGCUCGGUCGUCGCCGACAGACAAACACACUCUGGUUAAAGGCAUCAUCGACAGCACGGUGGGAGAAACACGACAGGUGGUGGCGGUGACUGGAGACGGCACUAACGACGGCCCCGCCCUCAAGAAAGCUGAUGUUGGCUUUGCCAUGGGAAUCGCAGGCACUGACGUGGCUAAAGAGGCGUCUGACAUCAUCCUCACUGAUGAUAACUUCACCAGCAUCGUCAAGGCCGUCAUGUGGGGGAGGAACGUCUAUGACAGCAUCUCCAAGUUCCUCCAGUUCCAGCUGACCGUCAACGUGGUGGCGGUGAUCGUGGCGUUCACCGGCGCCUGCAUCACCCAGGUAACUGCUCCCCGUUCCUCCAG